AUGAAAUUUCUAAAACAAAUAUUCGUAUUUUAUCUAUUGUUUGCGGCAACAAUUGCAAAUUGUCCGCUGGGCAGGACAAAGAGUGUUGGUGGUAGUGGUGGCAGUGCUGCAGUUUUUGUUGGUGGUGUCAGUGCAAAUCGCAUCACACAAAAGACCAUCUCCAAAGGAUUUUUACUUAAAAGCAUUAUGCAGUUAUUGACCAAGGUCGAGCGGAGCAAUGACAUAAAUGUGAAUAUGAAAUUUGCUGUGAUUUUAAGUGAAUUUCUCAUCAAGCAAAGUCAACGCUACAUAGAAUCCAAUCGUUACGAGCAACAGGUCUACUAUCAUCUGCUACAAAAAUUAGAUAAUGUCAUACGACGCAGUGAAGAUGCGGAUUUCGAUAAAGUUCAUAAAACAAUUUUAGAUAACAUUUUCCAGAAAAAUAUUCUGCUCAAGCCACCCCAGCUAAAGAAACGUCACAUUGAUACUCACUUUGAAUAUAAAUCGUUGAGUCGCAAUUAUUCACAAUUGGCGAAAAUGGGUAAUCUCAACAUCACUCAAUCUGAUGAGUGUCUGGCUGCCAUGGCUACAUUGGAUUCACGGUGUCAAGUGCCGCAAGAAUGUCUGGAUGUUAUGGUUACCGAUUUGCCAACAUAUGGCUAUAAGAGAAUGCAUCAAAUAUUACUUUUAUAUGUGUUUAUGCAUCACAUUUGUGCCCCCACAUUGGGUUCGGAUACUGCAUAUGAGAUAUUGGCCAGCCAAAAGUGUACACAAGUCUAUCGGGAGCAAAAUGUCAUACGUCAAAUGAAUAUUCCAGAUGCCUAUAGGGAUUUAUAUUUGGAGCAAAAUGUCAUUUGCGGCCUUUUUGGUUAUGUUGAAUUUAUGAACUGGCACAAUUUGGUAACUGUCUCCAAUUGGCCCCAGGAGAACGACUGUCUUUGCCUCUUCAUCAAUGGCGAAAGUAAAAUUGAUUGCAAUUGCACGAAUCACAUUAAUAGCCUGGCGUUGGUCUACUAUAUUAAUGGAUUUCUGUUGCUGAAUUGA